AUGUAUGUGGGAUACAUUCUGGAUAAAGAAAGCGGCAUGUAUCACCAAGGACCAGUAAGAAGAACGAGCAUCAAUCUGCCUCCACAGAACUUUGUUUCUACACCUCAGUACACCGACUUUACUGGAUACCAUCAUGUGCCAAACAUGGAUACGCACGCACAGUCUUCGGGGAGUUGGGCACCCACUUAUAGCGCUCAGCGGGAAGACUGGGGUGCAUAUAGUCUGGGACCACCAAACACUAUUCCUACACCUAUGAACAACUCCUCUCCUGCACAAGUUCCUUACUGCUCAUCUGAGUACAGCCAUAUGCAUCCUCCAGGAUCUGUGGUGUUACAGCCUCCGCCGGAGAACGUUAACAUUGCACAACUUUCUCCUGAUAGAGAAAGGCGCAAUUCAUUCCAGUGGAUGAGUAAAAACGCACAAGCAUCUUCUACAGGUAAAACAAGAACGAAGGAGAAAUACAGGGUAGUUUACACAGACCAUCAGAGGCUGGAGCUGGAGAAGGAGUUUCAUUUCAACAGAUACAUCACCAUCAGGAGGAAAUCUGAACUGGCUCUCAACCUCGGUCUGUCAGAACGACAGGUUAAAAUCUGGUUUCAGAACCGCAGAGCCAAAGAGAGGAAACUGAUCAAGAAGAAGCUGGGUCAGUCUGACGGCAGCGGGGGAUCUGUGCACAGCGACCCGGGUUCCGUGAGCCCUCUGCCGGUGCCGGGCUCACUCAGUCCCUCAGACAUCCAACACUCUAUGUACCCUCCUCAGGGAAUGAACACCUUGCCAUCUAUCAGGAAUAUACAACAAGUGACUGUGACUCAGUAG